AUGCCUCAGGAGGAGGAACUGGAGGUAGCCUCCAAUGGGGAGGAGGAACUGGAGGUAGCCUCCAAUGGGGAGGAGGAACUGGAGGUAGCCUCCAAUGGUGAGGAGGAACUGGAGGUAGCCUCCAAUGGGGAGGAGGAACUGGAGGUAGCCUCCAAUGGGGAGGAGGAACUGGAGGUAGCCUCCAAUGGUGAGGAGAAACUGGAGGUAGCCUCCAGUGGGGAGGAGGAACUGGAGGUAGCCUCCAAUGGGGAGGAGGAACUGGAGGUAGCCUCCAAUGGGGAGGAGGAACUGGAGGUAGCCUCCAAUGGGGAGGAGGAACUGGAGGUAGCCUCCAAUGGGGAGGAGAAACUGGAGGUAGCCUCCAAUGGGGAGGUGAAACUGGAGGUAGCCGCCAGUGGGGAGGAGGAACUGGAGGUAGCCUCCAAUGGUGAGGAGAAACUGGAGGUAGCCUCCAAUGGGGAGGAGAAACUGGAGGUAGCCUCCAGUGGGGAGGAGGAACUGGAGGUAGCCUCCAAUGGUGAGGAGGAACUGGAGGUAGCCUCCAAUGGGGAGGAGGAACUGGAGGUAGCCUCCAAUGGGGAGGAGGAACUGGAGGUAGCCUCCAAUGGGGAGGAGGAACUGGAGGUAGCCUCCAAUGGGGAGGAGGAACUGGAGGUAGCCUCCAAUGGGGAGGAGGAACUGGAGGUAGCCUCCAAUGGUGAGGAGAAACUGGAGGUAGCCUCCAGUGGGGAGGAGGAACUGGAGGUAGCCUCCAAUGGUGAGGAGGAACUGGAGGCAGCCUCCAAUGGGGAGGAGGAACUGGAGGUAGCCUCCAAUGGGGAGGAGGAACUGGAGGUAGCCUCCAAUGGUGAGGAGGAACUGGAGGUAGCCUCCAAUGGUGAGGAGGAACUGGAGGUAGCCUCCAAUGGGGAGGAGGAACUGGAGGUAGCCUCCAAUGGGGAGGAGGAACUGGAGGUAGCCUCCAAUGAGGAGGAGGAACUGGAGGUAGCCUCCAAUGGUGAGGAGGAACUGGAGCUCUCUGCCGGGCCCUGGGACCGCGCGCAGACGUACGGGCCUCCGCAGGACUUGAGACCUCCUCGCUGCGACCCCUCUGGCUCCUGUGGCACCGACUUCCUCCUCAACGUCCUCGCAUUCAACCGACCACCGCACAGGGUAUUUUUCUUUCCUUAA